AUGAGGGCAGGAGAGACCCUCCGUAGUUAUGCUAGUCGGUAUUGGGAGCUAUACAAUGAGAUAGGCGGAGAUAAUGAAAGGAUCGCAGUAAACACUUUUAGGAUGGGGUUGCCCGAGAACUCCGGGUUACGGAAGUCAUUGACUAAGAAGCCUCCCGAAGGCAUGAGGCAGCUUAUGAGACGCAUUGAGGAAUAUAAACGAUUAGAGAAUGACCGGCUGCAAAGUAAAGGCAAAGUACUGACGAUGAAUCGUCCCCGACAAACUGGUUUUCUGUUCAAAUCUUGGGGGGGCUUGACGAUUCAAGAACCGACCGCACAGAUAGGAGAAGUGAAUGUGACAUUUAAGGAACUGGUACACAAGAUUCUUGACUGGAUCAAACACAAGCCGUAUUUUUUAUGGCCAAACAAGAUGGGAGGGGACCCAUCUAGGAGAAAUCAGAAUUUGUACUACACCUAUCACUGGGACAAAGGUCACACUAUUGAACAGUGCCGGGUGUUGAAGGAUCACCUCGGGCAAUUAGUUAAGGCUAGGCAUUUAAAGGAAUUCAUGCUGGACUUGGGGGAAAGAGUCGUGGGGCAAGAUACUCUACAAAAGGGGAACCCUCUCCCACCCCUUGUAGGGGUGAUUGAAGUUAUCCAUGCUGCCCCGGAAGGGCUCAUUGCAAGAAGAAGGAAAUGA